AGCCUGAUGGAGACCCUGCUAGUUUACCUGAUGGUCCUUGGCAUGGCUGUAAAGGCCCACAAGGUCCAGCUGUGCCCAAAACGCUGUGUCUGCCAGAUGCUCAACCCCAACCUGGCAACCCUCUGCGACAAGAAGGGCCUCCUCUUCGUCCCGCCAAACAUCGACCGGCACACCGUCGAGAUGCGUCUGGGCGACAACUUCGUCACGAGCAUCAAACAGCGGGACUUUGCCAACAUGACCAAGCUUCAGGACCUGACGUUGUCUCGGAACACCAUCGGUUCCAUCUCGCCUCACGCCUUUAAAGAUCUGGAGAACCUCAGGGCCUUGCACUUGGACAGCAACCGUCUGACGAGGCUCACCAACGACACCUUCAGUGGGAUGUCCAAACUUCACCAUCUCAUUCUUAACAACAACCAACUGAUUCAUAUCCACAUUGGGGCCUUCAAUGAUCUCACGGCUCUAGAGGAGUUAGAUCUGUCCUACAACAACUUGGAAAGCACCCCCUGGGUGGCCAUCCAGAGAAUGACCAGCCUCCACACCCUGGGCUUGGACCACAACAUGCUUAGUUACAUCCCUAUAGGAACCUUCUCCGGCCUGCAGAAGCUCAAACGGCUUGAUGUCACCUCCAACAAGCUCCAGAAGCUUCCGCCAGACCCUGUGUUCCAGCGGGCUGGGGUUCUGGCCACGUCAGGAAGCAUGGGUCCGUCGUCAUUCGCGUUGAGUUUUGGGGGGAACCCACUGAGGUGUAACUGUGAGCUGCUGUGGCUGAGGAGGCUGAGGCGGGAGGAUGAUCUGGAGACGUGUGCGGCUCCGCAGCACCUGGCUGGACGGUACUUCUGGACCGUGUCUGAAGAAGAGUUCCUCUGUGAGCCGCCUCUCAUCACCAGACACUCCCAGGAGCUGCGAGCGCUGGAGGGUCAGAGUGUAGCUCUGCGCUGUAAGGCCAGGGGUGACCCAGACCCCAUCAUCCACUGGAUUGCGCCAGACGGCCGGCUCAUGUCCAAUUCCUCCCGGGCCGUGGUGCACAGUGACGGGACUCUGGACAUCCUCAUCACCACUGUGAAGGACUCAGGCUCCUUCACCUGUGUCGCCUCCAACCCGGCCGGGGAGGCUCAACAAACUGUGGACCUGGUGAUCGUCAAACUCCCACACAUCACCAACAGUACUGUGAAGAAGGAACCGAACCCCGGUUCUUCUGAUAUCGCCACGGUAAUGAAGACGGGUGGUGGUGGGGAGGGCGGAGGCAUGGUGCCACUGGGAAACACAAAGACGAGCCAGGAGAAGAAGGUGGUGAUCACUGAGGCAACGUCUACCUCCGUCCUGGUCAGGUUCAACUUCCAGAGGAGUAUACCAGGCAUCCGAAUGUUCCAGAUCCAAUACAACGGAACCUACGAUGACUCUCUGGUUUACAGAAUGAUCCCUUCGAGCAGUAAGAGUAUCCUGGUGAACAACCUGGCGGCCGGUACUCAGUACGACCUGUGUGUACUGGCCAUCUACGAUGAUCUGGUGACCUCCCUGACUGCCACGCGAGUGGUGGGGUGCGUCCGCUUCACCACCGAGCCACAGUACCUCCGCUGCCACUUCAUGCAGUCCCAGUUCCUGGGAGGGACCAUCGUGGUCAUCAUCGGAGGGAUCAUCGUGGCGUCCGUCUUAGCUUUCAUCAUCUUCCUCAUCGUGAGGUACCGAGUGUGUAACCAAGGCGAUGAGGAUAAGGCUUUGGAGAUGGGUGAGAUCCCAUCUCUGAGCAGUGACGGUCAGCUCCAGGGCUGCGGUGUCCCCAAGGCCAUGUCCAAAUCUCUGUCCAAGCAGAUCCUCCAGCCAGAGAAACCAGAGACGGAAGACAAGGAGUCUCUGAGGGUGGCCCUUCCUCCUCGCAAACCGGUCAAGCAGCAGCAGCAGCAGCAACCCCCAGCCCCAACCACCACCACAUCUACCAAGCCCUCCAUCCCCGACUGCACUGUCUCUACUUCCGCAGCCAGCCACUCCUGGCACCCUGCCUCCCCGGUCACCCUGAGGCAAAAACGGGCCGAUUUCACUGUCGCCGGAGGUUCGAAACCCGGAGAAACCCGCCGAGCCGAAGGCCAGACGGAUGUGGAGUUAGAGAACACAAACCGUAAUAACUCGUCGGAAGCCAAAAUGGCUGCCGCCUUGGCCGUACCUGUUCCUGCCCGUUCCACAAAAUGGACGCCGGUCGCUAGGCGGCCGCGCCCCCCUGGAGCCUCGUCCCACCAUUACAUGACGGUACCAGCAGGGGGUGUGAGGGUGAACCGGCGGCACUCACUGAACGUGGACUCGUACAAGGAGCGCUGCUAUGUCAGCCUGGUACAGCAGCAGCCAAAACCUGGCGGGAGUUUGUGCUCCAAACGCAGUCUGUCCAUGAGUGGAGAAUUGCCCACGUUGGAGAGUGCAAUGGCAAACAUACGCAGAGGCAGAGACAAGCUGUCCCGAUCUGAGUGGCUUCUUGAAAGCACUCUAUGAUCUGGAUUUUACUGGCUUAUAAGCUCUUUGUUUUACUGGAUUGGAUUUGUGGCCCGUCGUGGAGCAUACAAUAACUUUAUGCCUUGUCUUUUAUCUACAAGACCCAUAGAUUCCUCUUGUAUAUCUGAAGACAAGGCAGCAAAACAGGGUUUUAAAAAUGUUUCACAUUUGUUUUUCUACCUAAAAAGCAAAUAUCCUCUCAAAGUCAUCUGUAUAGCGACUUCGGAUAUAACUUUGAUGAAAGGCACAAAGUAAAUGUAUAAAGCAACUUCAUGUACAAAAAUGUUGAGUUGUGUAACAUAUAGGCUAACACGAUACACCCGUAAGUGUUCAUAUAGUACUGAAUGCAGUAUUCUUGGUGGUCUAGCAUCAUUUAGAGAGAGGGUGAAAAAGGGAUGGAUGAUCAAGCUUGUUAUAACAUUGCCUGUUACUUAAAGUGAUUACAAUAACUGUGUAGACAAUGAAUGGACAUAUUUCUUGUCGUCAGUUUUUCAGACAGUUGGUGACAUGUCUUAAUUAACUUGGCGGCGGCGUUUGGAGGAAUUGUGAAUGUGCAGAGAUGUAGAACACAAGGUAUCCAGGUUGUGUCCCAAAUGGCGCCCGAUUCUCUAUAGUGCUCAACCUUUCGACCAGGGCUCUGGUCGAAAGUAGUGCACUAUAUAGAGAAUAGGGUGCCAUUUGGGCCGCACUCCUCAGUCUAGUGACAGAGCUGGAUCUUUUCAUCAAGCCGCACCAGACACACAGCACAAUGCAACAUUCAUGGCAACCCCGUCGGUGUUGAUUGAGCCUAAAUACUACCCUCCGGGUUGAAUCGAUACAUUUUUAUCGCGUAAUUACACCUAAAGUCUAAACCAACACAGACAGGAUGACUGGCGCGAUUCCAAUACGUCAACAGGUGGAUGGGGUUCGAUAAAGGAUUGGUGGUCCAUUUUCAUGUUUUUUUACUAUUAUUAAGACAUAAUUUGUCAUGUCAGGCCAAGAACCGUUGUAAAUUGACUGGUUGGUAAAGAGAAAACGAAAGCCACAAAACAGUAGGCUAUCUGAGAGGUCGGCUCUUGAUUUUGCUGUUGUUUCUGUUUGAUGUUUACCAGUAUAAAUAAACCAAUGAGAAA